CUGUUUCGCGUCGCGAACGGGGAAGAGAAGAGACGAGACAGCGGAGCUCGGGCGCUCUCAGCUCAGAUCUACUUUCUGAUCCCCGACCCCGAGUGCGAAGACGACGGCAGCGCUCCGGCGUUUUGUGGCGGUGAGGCUGCGCCCCUGCGGUCUUCACCGACACUUGCUUCCAUAUCACUUAUACCUUCAGUCCAACAUCAAUUGGCAACCAUCGUAUUACCACCAAUUGAUGAACAGCUUAGAAACCAAGAAUUUUCUGCAUUGGGCUCCAAUUGCAAACUCGCCCAGACUUGAUGAGGGAUUGUUUGGGCUGCUAAGGUUUUAUUCCACCUGAUCGCUUGAUUAGCAGAAAUGCAAAACUAUAUGAGCCUUUCUUGCUGGAGUGAAAUUAAUCUAGUUGCUGUUGGGAAUGGCAAGUACAGCAUGCUUUGUGAUUGUCUGUAAGAAUGACAUACCAAUCUACGAGGCAGAAGUUGGAUCUGCACCAAAAAAAGAAGAUCUCUCUUAUCACCAUCAGUUUAUCCUGCAUGCCGCGUUAGAUGUUGUUCAGGACCUAGCAUGGACCACAAAUGCAAUGUUCCUGAAGUCAGUUGAUAGAUUCAAUGACCUUGUGGUGUCUGUUUAUGUAACUGCAGGUCAUACCAGAUUUAUGUUGCUUCAUGACUCACGCAGUGAAGAUGGAAUAAAAAGCUUCUUUCAGGAGGUCCAUGAACUUUACAUCAAGAUAUUCCUCAACCCACUUUACCUGCCUGGCUCUCGCAUCACAUCCUCCCAUUUUGAUACCAAGGUCAGGGCCCUCGCAAGGAAGUACCUGUAGUACGCAGGCAUGGAGGUUUUAUAAGCCAAUGUAGAAGCAGGCAGCAGAGGAGGCAAAAUCCAUUGUUCGCCAUCUUCUCGUGUCCUCGUUACUCGACUCUUUGGGAAAUGCUGAAAUGGAAUGUUAUUGGCUUAUUGCCCAUCACACAAGUCCGAGCUUCCUGUGUUUUUUUUUCUUCUUAGCUUUGGCUUGUGUUAUGAGCUAUAUCGACCGUUGUUAUUCCGAACCAAAUAGCUUAUGAACUGUGACUUGAGAAUUUGCUCCAUUAUUCGGCAAUUCAAACCUGAAUGGAUUGUGUUGUACAUGUCAGGUUUGUAAGGCCA